UAGUAAUAAUAAAUAUUAAUAAUAAUUAUAAUCCAUUCUCUCUCUUUCUCUAUCGAUGCAAAACUCACCAACGGUCGUCGCGGCUCCGCCGCCGCGUCCCGCCGGCCAAAUCACCGUCAUACCCUUCCCGCCGCCGCAUCCCUUCGACGGCGCCCCCAGCUCCAUAUUUCAGAUCACCGUCCUCCCCUUUCCCCCGCCGCCGCCGUUCGCUGACCCUCCCAGCUCCGUCGAUCUCUCCCCGCUCGAGUUUCUCCUCGCACUCCUCGCCGUCGUGACCAUCCCGGCCCUAAUUUACACCUUCAUCUUCGCCUUCGGUUGCCCCUCGCACCGCCGCCGCCGGGAUCCCUCCGAUAGCGAGCCCUCCGUCGCGUCAGAGGCCUCCCACCGUGAUAUCGAACUCGCCAGCGUCGACGCAGGGGUGAAGUACCGGAAAGAGGAGCACUCCAAGGAGAUCGGCGGCGAGUGCCCGGUGUGCCUCUCGGUGUUCGCCGACGGCGAAGAAGUCCGGCAGCUGAGCGCGUGCAAACACUCGUUUCACGCCUCUUGCAUUGACUUGUGGCUCAGUAACCACUCCAAUUGCCCGAUUUGUCGCGCCACCAUAGCCGUCGUCGCCGCCGCCAAACCCAACGGUGAUUUGCACGAGAGACACCGUGAGCGUGAUGAGUCAAGUACGGUUUGAUUUCUAAUUUUUUCUAUUUUUUUUAAAUAUGGAGUUUUUAAGUUUUACAUUUAUGAUGUUCUAUAUUACCCUAGAGUACAGAGUUUCUGAGUAGUUUCCACUCCAAAAGGUUCAGUGGCAGUUGAAUAAAGUUUGAAUUGCAGUGUAA